AUGCAGAACAGAAGGAAAGUCUUCAAUAAAAUAUGUCCAAACAGGAUGUUGGAUUUAUCCAACAGACAAACAAAAAAAACAGUAAAAGUCGAUAAGAAGGUUCCAAGGAGGUUAUUUGCAGGUGCCAGUGGUCCUGUGACUAUAUAUAUUGACCCAUCACCAAGUACUGUAGAUUCAGGUCUGUCGACUAUUGACUGGCAAGACUUGGCAGAUUGUGACUCUGUCAUCCAGCAGGACGUAGCUAGAGGAGCUGUCACCCAGCAGGACCAUGGCUUACAGGGGGCCCCUGAUUUUAUGCAGGAUUUCAGAGAUGCUGUGGAUAAUUUUAUUACAGACCAAGCAUCGCUCAUGCAGACCAGUGUGGCUUCUGCAGAUUUCCAGCCUGCACCGUGUAACAUGGCUGUGUAUGACCCCUGUAUGGCAGCCCCUCUGCACCCCCAGCAGAGCCAUCUCCUGCCCAUCAACGUCCAGCUCAUCCCUACAACAGAGCAGUACUGGAAAGAUGUGGCUGAUCACAAUCACAAAGCCCUUGGAGAUGCUUUGGUGGAAAACAACCAGUUGCACGUGACACUGACUGAAAAGCAAGAAGAGAUCGCAUCAUUAAAGGAGAGAAAUGACCAACUUCAUGAACUGGCCAAUCAGGCUAAACACCUGGCGUCUGUUCUCGAUAAAUUGAUGACACAUCGGUCCAGGAUCAGUGGGAAUAUUUCAUCAGACGCUUUGCGGACAAGGCCAUCAGUUAAAAGAAAUUUGGAAGAGUAUUACCCGCAGGACAACGAUCAGGAGUGCAUGCAAGUGGAUGAGAUACUGAGAGAGAUCUCAAAUAAGUGUAACGCUGCACUAAAGGACAGUGCGCCUAAACGAACCAAAAUAACAUUUGAGGACCAAACAGGAACUGGUCAAGGUGAGCAGAUUGCAAUGCAUGGGGCUUUCAAUGGACUGAAAACAUCCACAGGGCACAGCUCAGUGAACCUGUGUGAUACAGAUCUAGAAGAAGACAUCACCUUCAAGACCUCCAUCAGAGACCACUGCACCAUAAGGACUUUAGCUUUUCCCCAGGGAAAUGCCUACACCAUCAGGACAGGUGGUGGGGGCUACAAAUUUAGAUGGGUUCCCAACUGA